CUCCCUCACUCUCUGUAUCUCUGUGUUUAUUGAGUCAUUGUGAGGAAUGCGGUGGUCCAUGUGUAGAGCUGGUGCUGCCGGUGAGCUGGGAAUGUCACAGUAGGGAAGGAAAAGGUUAUGAUUUAGGACCUCAAGAGGACAACACUAGCAAGAGGACAGACUCACAGGGGCAGAAGAUAAAUUGACUUGAAGCUAUGAAUGGAUUCCAGCAUGAGAUGAUAGGAUUGGAUACAUCUGCUGAAGCUUUGGAGUGACAGACUGACAGAUUGACAGAAGACAGCUGAAACUGUAAAGAAUUCACAGUGGAUAAAAACACAAUAAAGUGACAGGUUUUUUGGUUUUUUUUUGCCUGCUGACAACUGAUGACGCAAGUAACGGUUCUGUGGGAUGACAAGCAGGAAUGACUCCAGCAACACAACAAAUGGAGCAUAACACCCUGACAGGCCGCUGAUAAUUGGAACAGAAGCGACAUAUGAGGAGUCUCUAAUCAACAAUGUGCCCACUGGUAGCCGCUAAGCAUGCUGGGAGAGCAGAACCGGGUGCUGACCGAGUGACCGACGGGCUUUAUCAGUAACUGAUUAGAGCCCAGUGACAGGUGCUCGUCUCUGACCAUGCUGGGAUGCUGGAUCCGCCAGCGAUGCUACAGCUAAGUAUGCUGGGACAUUGGAAAGUGUGCAGCUGUCUGUCAGAGCAGUGAGGAUGAAGAGACGAGGCCACACCAGAGGCCAGAGGUUUGUCAAGGCAGACUACUAUGAACUGGACUGGUACUAUGAGGAGUGUACUGAUGUGCUGUGUGCUGACAGAGUGGGCCAGAUGACGAAGACCUACAGCGACAUCGACGCCGUCACUCGACUGCUGGAAGAGAAAGAGCGAGACUUGGAGUUGGCUGCUCGCAUCGGACAGUCGCUGCUGAAGAAGAACAAAGCUCUCAGUGAGAGGAAUGAAGUUCUGGAGGAGCAGGUGGAGCACAUACGAGAGGAGGUAUCUCAGCUGCGCCAUGACCUGUCCAUGAAAGAUGAGCUGUUGCAGUUUUACACCAGCGUUGCAGAAGAAAGUGACGGAGAGUCGACCACCUCCACACCUGUGCGUCCCAGUGAACCAAAUGUGUCAACUCCAACCUUCUUCCCGCUGGACUCCUUACAGAAGAAACUCAAAGACCUGGAGGAAGAAAACAAAUCAUUGCGAUCUGAGGCCAGUCAUUUGGAGACAGAAACUAUCUCCUAUGAGGAGAAAGAGCAGCAACUUGUCAAUGACUGCGUCAAAGAACUACGUGAUGCCAAUGUGCAGAUUUCCUCUCUGGCCGAAGAGCUGGCCAGGAAGACUGAAGACGCCUCCAGACAGCAGGAGGAGAUCACACACCUGCUCUCUCAGAUAGUGGACCUGCAGAAGAAGGCCAAGCUGUACGCUGUGGAGAACGAGGAGCUGACUCAGCAUUUAGGCGCAGCCAAAGAUGCCCAGCGACAACUCACUGCUGAGUUACGAGAGUUGCAGGACAAGUAUGCCGAGUGUAUGGAGAUGCUCCACGAAGCUCAGGAGGAGCUGAAGAACCUGAGAAAUAAAACUCUGCCGCUCAGCACACCAAGGCGUUUCCAUUCUCUGGGUCUAUUCCCGAUGGACUCUCUGGCAGCAGAAAUAGAGGGAACCAUGAGGAAGGAGCUUCAGAUGGAUGAUCCAGACGUAGAGGAGCAGAGAUUGCACCCAAAGCGAGUGUUCCAGACGGUGAAAAACCUCAACCUGAUGCGUCAGCAGCGUUCCCCUCUGGCCCCCUCACCUCUCAACAUCCCCGGCUCCAAUCAGACUUCCUGCUUCACCUCAGGGCGCUCCAGCAGGGUGGGCACGCCACGCUCAAACUCCAUAUAUGGCAGCGAGACAGGAAGUGGCAUCAUCCUGGACAACAGGACCAGCAGUAUCCUGGAGACUCCUGAUGAUGGGUCAGAGGACUCCAACAAGCGUCCCCCUGGUACCCCUGGGACUCCAGGCAGCAGGGACCUGGAGGCAGCUCUGCGGCGUCUGUCCCUCCGCCGAGAUAACUACCUCUCAGAAAAACGCUUCUUCGAGGAAGAGAGGGAGAGGAAGCUGGCUUACCUGGCCAAAGAGGAGGAGAAAGGAGGCGGAGAAAGCAGCGGAGGCCCUGGGACCCCGACAGAGAGCUUGUUGUCUCUGUGCUCACAUCCCUCCAUCUGGUCGGGAUACUCAUUCACAGCGAGGUCCUACCUGCCGGAGAAGCUGCAGAUUGUAAAGCCGCUAGAAGGCUCUGCUACCCUCCAUGCAUGGCAGCAGCUGGCUCAGCCCCACAUGGGCGCUCUGCUGGACUCCCGGCCUGGCGUGGUCACUAAGGGCUUCCGUACUUUGGCGCACGAGGAGGGACAGGAAGACAGCUGGCAGCUGGACCAACCAGAGGAGGAUGAAGUCUCAUGUGACUCAUGUACAGGCUUCAUGGAAGAGAGCUCUUCUCCCAUGGAUCUGCCCUGCUCUACCUCUACUCCGUCUGUCUGCUGCAACAAAAAUGGCAACACUGAUGACAAUAACAUGUCAGAAACACUGAAUGGAGCAAUUUGCAGGGCCAGAGAAGCAGUUGGAGGAAAAGAUGGAUAUGUUGCAAGCAUGCCCCUUCCACUCUCCGCCCCUUCGUCACCCCUCCCCUCUUCUUCAGAGAUCAACGGACACGUGGACCUCAAGGAGCUUCAAGCCUUACAGCCCAGCACUGUGGACCGCAUGCCUGAUUAUUUCCCAGGGAAGUGUAUGUCACACACCAGCUCCACAUACACCUUCACCACCUGCAGGAUUCUCCACCCGUCUGAUCAACUGACCACUGUGUCCUCCAGCCCAGCUGUAGGUUCUUGUCAGAGCAGCGCCUGCAUCGGCACGCCCACCCUCAAUCCCUCUCCGAUACCCUUCUCAGCCCCACCUACUCCUUCCUACACCCCCAGCUGCACCCCACGCCGCCUCUCCUUGUCGCUGUCCAUAGCCGAGUCCUCCACCAACCUUCGGGACUCCACUAAGACCACCAGCACCUCUCUGGGCCUGGUGCGCCUCCUGCUGGAGCGAGGCAUUUCUGCCUCCGUGUAUAACCCCUGCAGCUGGGACCGAGUGUUGGACCCUGGUGGAGCUUCACCGGCUGUGGGAGAAGUGCAGCAGCAGAGGUGUACAGACAGACCGGGGGAAACUGAAGUCAGACGGUUACGGAAGCGUCCAGACUCCCUCCUCCUGGAGCCGUCCACCCCGCCCAGCUCGCCUCGCUCCAAAUCAGCUUCCUCCACCUCUUCACGCCCAGUGUUCCAGUUCAGCCCCUCCACUGAUGACCCACCGUAUUAUGACACCUUCCUCGCCUCUAAACCGGCUCGUACCAUUUUGAGGGAAGUGCUGGGGGAGGCAGAGAGGGAGUGGGAGGACCAGGUGGAUGAUGACGGCCAAACAGAGAUGACGAACCUGCGGCUUGUGGACAAACUGAAACGUUUCCGCACCCUUUCCCCGCAUUCUGCCUCGGUUUCCUCUGGGAGUACUCUAUUAGCCCCCUUUGGCUCCACUGGAUUAGGGAACAGUGCGCUGGGUGGGGGGCUUCCAGGUUUGAACGCAGGACUGAGGAGGAAUCGAAGCUACCCCGCCAUGGUGGGGGCCAGCAUGGCUAUGAAAGACCCAGGAGGCCCCCCCAGUACAGAAAUACUCAUACCACAUACGAUGCAAACCCCGCAUGCACAACACACAGUGCAUACACAGGAAACGGGCAAAAUGCAAACGAAUCACACACUGGUCUCAAAGGCCAUACAGAUACCACAGACUCAACAUGCACUGGAAACAGUCACACCACAGACAAUAAUACAGAGACACGCAUUACCAAACGGUGACCUGCGGGAUUCACCGAGACAAGGCCAACAUAGUGAUGACGAAACUGGGACAUAAUCGGUAAAAUUGAGUAUAUUCGCUCACAUUUCAACUUGCAGUCUCAAAUAUUUUACAUUACUCAUGCCACACGUAACUACAGUAUACAGCUAUGAACAGUCCGCCCACAGACUCACUCAAACAGUUACUCAUCCAUCUCAGCAAUCAUCCGUCUGAUCAGUGAGAACUGAAUGAAAUAAGGUGAAUAAAGCAGUAGUGGCUGAAACUGUUACACUGUGUUACAUACUGUCAGGCCAGACUAAUGCCGAUGGAGUAUGUUGCCUUCCUUUGUGUGCGUUUUAACUGUAUAUUGUAUAUGAAUUAUACUGUGUCAUUUAGUAUAAUAUUAAAGGCCCAAUCUGGUGUAGUUUCUCCAGUUUUUUUUCUUUUUUCCCCAUAGACUGUUUUAGUUCAUGAAUGAGUGCACUAUUGAAAAAGGCUGUUCUAUGUGCUUCAGUGAAAGACAGCUGGACUUCUUUUGUCAUUCUCAGAGAUGUUCCAUUUUCAUCCAAGAGGAUUCCUCAGUUCUAACUGACUGAUGGAUGGUUCCAUGUAUUUAUUCUCACCUCCAAAUCACGAGGCUAAUGGUUCAUUAAUGACCCACAUGAUGUGAAGUGAGAAAAUUGUUGAAAGUGGUUGUGGGUCUAAAGACUGCAUUAUAAGUACCUGAUAUGUGGCGCCUUACACUGAACAGAGAAAAAGGUCUAUGACACCACAUAUCAGGUACUUACAGGGCAGUUUUCGAUCCCUAACCAGACAGUUUCACCACUAUUCAAGCCUUGAUCCAUGUAAGUCUCGGAUAUCUAAUGGACCAUCACCCAUGUGAUUUGGGGGAGAGAAUAAAUACCUGAAACUCCCCAUGAGUCAGUCAGAGUUGGGGAAGCCUCUUGGUCGAGAACCAAACAAGAAUUCUAUUUUCCUUCUGAUGAACCAUUUAGGAUCACAAUGACCUUGAUGACAGAGAAUCCUCACAGACAUGCUGGAUUUUACAUGUACUGUACUGACAAAUUCAAGAUUGUUUUCUUUGAGAUUAUUUGGAAGAAAGUGAGGUUAUAUUCCAGGACUACAGAUCACACAUUAACAAAUUAACAAAGUGCUGUGUUAUGUCUCCUUAAAGCAUUUUACCUUUGAAAAGCCUUCAUAAAUGAGACAUCUGUGAGACGACUGACAGUACAAACAAUGGAUUUUUAGUUGUUUGGCUUUGCUUUUGGACUUUUAAUCUGACAUCUGUGAAUACUUUGUCAGAGCACCCAAAGAGACCGUUUUGUGUGCACAAAGUGACAAUUUAAUGCGUUAUGCCAUUCCAAUGUUGUGUCUGUGGUAUGAGGUGGCCUUCCCAAAGACAGAGAGCCUAAUGUCCACCAAAGCUAAGCCAAGAAAUCGUCACCUAAAAACAUUUCUCUUACUUUCGGGCCUUUAUGGCAUAAUUUCUGUACUGCACUGGAGUUAAAUGAAGUUCUAAAGUCACAUACAGAGAGAUUAUUUUUUACCAGCAACCCUUUCUCCUCUCUAAUUCUGUCAUUUAUACUUAAAAAAUAAUCCAGAUUGGGGCUUUAAUGUGUCCUCUUGCUGUGACUGAAUGUUCUUAUGUGCCUCAAAAACAAACAUACUAUCGUUCAUUGUAAUAUGGAUUUGUUUUGUUCAAUUACUUUAAUAUACUAAUUUGCCUUUUAUCACAUGGUAUGCAGUAGAGAUAGAAUAAACAAUAAUAAUUGUGCAAAUGAACCUAUUUGCAUUUCAAUCUGCCCUCAUUUGAGAUGUUUUUAGGUUGUUUUUUCUUUUUUGGUUGUUUUUUGGUUGUCUCCUAAUGAGUUUUAGACAUUGCAGGGAAGAUGUAGUACAUGAAUGGAAACACUGUGACUACUGACUUGCAGAGAACACAAAACUUCUUUUGUUUUUCAUUUUAGUUCUCUGCUCUUUUCAUUUCCACGUCGUCAGUAUAGAUGGAGUUUGACGGAUGCAGGCACAAACAUCUUGAUCCAACAAAAUGCAGAUGGGAGCUGCAGCAUCAGAAAAUAAAAUCACAAGCACAGCUGAACCCUGAGCUUUCCCUGAAAACCAAAGUUACACCCUGAUAAACACUCAGAGGGACCACAGAGUUCUAAUCUGUUUGCAGCACAUUCUUUUUGCAAUAAUUUAUUUUUUCCAUAUUCCUCGUGUGCACCUUGUGCCCCCGUAAAUCAGCUCCAUCAUAGGCAUCAGUGCUGCCAACGUGUCAUUUAUUCUGUCAAAACAAGCACCUGGUUAGAAAAUGUAAAGCAAUAUUAAACAAUGAGACUAUUCUGAAUGUAACUGUUAAACGAGCGACUUGAACUAUCCAAAUGUUGGUUUUAAGAGCCUGAACUUUCAUGUGUAACAGUUUGUUGCCAGAGGGAAGUUUUGGUGUAACUGACCCAGUUCCAGUGUCGACCCUGAUGGACUCAGACUUUGAUGAUGAUUGACAGCCCUCUUAUGACAAGUAUAGAUUUUCUCUAAAUCCUAUUUGGGUGUAUUUGAAAGUGAGAAUGUGCCUGUCUAGGUGACAUGUUAUCAGUCCAUCCAAUAAAGUCUGAUGGUUCUGUGCUGACACUGUAACUGGACCAAUGAAUGAUUCAUGCAAUGAAGAGAUCAAAUGUCUGGCUGUGAUGCUGGCAGUGAUGAGAUGAAAUCCUUAAUGAUUUAGGGACUAAACUAUUGAUGGUUAUCAGGUGACAGAUUAAUGAUUACUAUAUUUAUGACGUGCUUGGAUCGAUAGAAGCGUCUGAAUGACAGCUGUACAUGUUUAAGUGCAGGACUUUUGCAGAUUUUAUUUAUUUUGAACUUACAUGGAAUCAUUUGUACAGGUUUAUGUUCUUAUGGGACACAUUUCUGUGACACAUAGAAUAAAAUGGCUUCUUAGAAUCAUUUCCACUGAAAACAGUGAUUACAGUUUGCUGCUUGUAAGUGCAUUUAAAACAGUAUUUAAAAACAAAACCAGGUGGAAAGACUAAAACAUGAAGACAUUGGUGUGUGUGAGCUUGUUUUUCUGUGUCAUUUCAUCUGAAUGUAAGUUCUUACAAACAGUAAUCUGCUGUAGGCCAUAUACUUGUGUACAGUAUGUUGAUUUAACUUUGGUUUGUUUUAACUUCAUAAGGGGAACUAUUAUUGCAUUGUAAAUGUAAGCAACCCAGUCAUGCUAACUUUUCUUAAAAUAAACAGUAGAGAAAAAGGUAAUUUAGUUGUUUAUUUAUCGUGAGGAGGGAAAGAAAACUUUUGUGGUCAGGGACUGACAAGUUUUAUUUUACUGAACAGAAUGUACUGUCAAUAAAAUACAUAAGAUUGA